AUGAGUUCGAAAUCGCCGUGGCAGCCACGGGUGAACGUCUCCGACGAGCAGGAUGCACUUGCAAAACGAUGUCAAUCCUAUUCGCCAAUCGUCAGUCCUUGGGCGAUUCAAUCUCGCCUUCCUUCGCGCUCCAUCUCAACCGAUUUCCCUCAAUCAAGCGACAAGGUCUUUUCCUUCAAAUCUCCUGCCUCUUUCUGCUCCUCAAGCUCCGCCGGAUCCACUACAGCUGAUGAAACAGAUGACCUCGAUUCGCCGUUCGACGAUUCCGGUUCUACAUUCAUGAAGGAGUUCCAAGAAGCAGCCGCGCAACUAGCUGAGCUCGCCAAAUCCGCGAAAAUUGACGAAGAACUGAAUGAUAAAGAAGAUGACUGUUUGGAAAAGCUCGAUUGUCAUUCUCUCGGCUGGGUUCCGGUGACAAAGGCGAAGCUUCGAGAAGAUGCAAAGAAAGUCCUUGAAGCUUCCCUUGAUAAAGUAACUGGACAAACAGAUGGAUCAGUAGAUGGCAAACCUGUAAGACUUGGCCUUUACGAAGAGAACCUGCGCAUUUCUAUGGAAGGCUUGACUUGUUUGACCAUUCCGAGGAGAAAUUUAAAAGUGUGGAGCGUUUUGGCGGACCACUUGUGCAUUGUCUACAAAAACUCGAUUUCAAAAGAUUACGAAUGCCAAAUUUUCAGCGACGAAGACUCUACCAGACUUCUCGAUUUCUGCGAUCAACUGAAUGCGGCAAUCAACAACUUAUCAUUGUCGAAAGCAGUGUCGAUGACGUCUUUGGUAGAUGAGAAGUCGGCAGAGAAUAACUUUGUCAUAGAGUGUGCUUUUUGUGGGUAUUCUGCGAUAGAUAACUCGCUUAAAAGCGAUGUCAGAGAAGUCCACAAGAUAAUCUACUCGCUGCAAAACUCAGCGGAUCAGGUCCGAGCGACGUGCACAAUCACGCCCAGCUCGCUUGAAAUCUCGCGACACAAUGGCCUCGAAGUAAUUCAAUGCCGACUGCGAUACGUCUCCUUCUUCGCUCUCGGCGUGGAUCCGCGCUUUAUCGGAAUCGUUUCGAUUUUGGGCCCGGUUGCUUCCUGUUACGUACUCAAAAUUCAACCAAACGCUUGUCGAGUGUCAAGUAUCCUCCAAGAAAAUAUAAUUCUUCGGUACCAAAAAGCGAUAGAGGCAAAGAAAAUCAUCGAUAAGAACAGCGCACGGAAAGAUAGCGCGAUGCUUUCCAAAAUUGUGGACUUAACUCCGUCGCGUAAAAGUGUAAAUGAUAUGCCAGUUUUAUCGUGUCCCGAAAAGCCCAUUUCAAGAUGGCGCAGCCUGUUGUCGCUGAUUAAAAAGAGUUGA